CCAACUUGGCUGCAUCCCUAACCAAACCUGAGCCCAACAGCAGGCUGCCGCGGACGGCAGGAAACGAGGCUGGUGCUGUAGUGCUGCUCUACCAAGAAGCUUGUCACACCGCACCACGCCAACUGCAGUGGUGGGGAGAUCGGCUCUCCCUGUGCUUGGCUGGGUUCGCAAACUUGUCGCACUGCAGCAGCGGCAGCGGCAAUACGGAACAGGGGCAUAUUGCAAAAAUGUUGAGGGUCGGUGUGGUGGGAUUGGGCCGGAUGGGGUCGGGUAUGGCUCUCAACGUUGCCAAGGCGGGGUUCCCUCUGGCCAUCUAUGACGCGGAGGAGGGGAGGACGCAGGAGCUGAGGGAGGGCUGGGUGAAGGACAAGCACCUCCCGACAGGACCGGGAGGUCUGUCCACGCCCCACCUGCACCUCCUGGAGUCCCCGGCGGACGUGAUGCUGGCCUCGGACGUGUGCUUGGUGUGCGUGCACACGGAGCAGCAGUCGGUGGAGGCCUUGGCCGGGGAGGACGGGCUCUUGGCGGUGGGAUCAAAGGUCAUGGCUGACAAGAUCAUAGUGGACCACGGAACGGUCUCUCCAAGCUUCGCGAGAAGCAUGUCCAAAGCCGUGAUCAAAGGAGGGGGCGCGUUUCUGGACGCGCCAAUAAGCGGCGGCCCACAGGGCGCCCUAGAAGGGACGCUGUCGAUCAUGGUUGGAGGCAAAGGGGAACAUCUCAAGACUUGCUUGCCCGUGCUUGAGGCGAUGGGGAGUCGCAUCGAGCAUAUGGGGGGGUACGGGGCCGGGGCUGCUGCAAAGCUGGUGAACCAGCACUUAGUGAUCAUCAACACCGUGGCGGCGUGCGAAGCAUACGUUCUCGCGAGGCGCUUGGGGCUCAGCGAUAUGGGGAAACUCAAGGCGCUCCUGGGGGCAUCUUGGGGCCACAGCCAAAUGCUCGACCAAGUUCUCGGCGACCUCCUGAAGGUUGAAGAAGCGGGCGACGACGUUGAGGUUCUCCGGAGAUCGCUGGCACCGAUCCGGACCCUCGGCAAGGACGCCGCUAUCCUUGCGAGAGCAGCCGCGGAGAGCGGUGCGUCCUCUUCGCUGCUCGAGUCCGCUCAGGCACAGAUCGACGAGACUGUCAGGUCGGGAUACUCGGACUGCUCGUUCGCCUCCGUGGCCACCACGAUCGAGGAAGAGUUUUGCGAGGCCGUAGACAAGGAGGGGGACCCGCGGUAGAGACAGCGCUGCUUGAGUAUAAGUACUCCUGUGUAUGGUCGAGAACCAGCUUCCGUGGUAAUACAGCACGCUCAGUUGUAGUACUAAUAUGUACGGUCGAAAACCAGUUUGUGGCGUAAUGGGACGCGCGCCGUCACGCGUGUGGAACACCACAAGAGAAAGUGUGAGCAAGUUUCAACGUUGGCCCAAGUUGGCCCUGAUGAAUGAAAAUUAUAGAAUGGUACUAUUCUAAACUACUGUUUCAGCCCCUGUUUGGGAGGUUUCAGUUUC